AUGAAGCUACACAGCUUCUUACUACCGGCCUUAGCUGGCAUUGCCACUGCCCGCGCCGAAGGCCAGCAACAGAAUGCUGAAGCCUAUACCAUCAGGCAAUUAAAGACUGCAACUACCUCGAAUCCUCCCUCGAUACCAAACGAACUCGCCCGAGCUAUCCUCCUCCAGCGCCUUAGCACGCCAGAACAACCCGCAUCUCUGGGACAGCUGCCCGAGUCUCUUUCCCAAGAUGAAUCUAUAUCUUACAUCAACAAGUUCGGAAAGGCACCCCGGCCACUGUUUGAAGAGACCAAAGACGCGAACGAACCUCGCCAGCUCAUUAUUGCUUUCUCCGGCAUCACGGCUGAUAAGCACAAGAACUUCAAUGGCGCCAUAUCGCGUGUUCCUCUUGCCUUCACAGCUCCUGGGCUGAGCCGAUUACCUGUUACGGGCAAGAAAUCAAACUGCGCGUUCGAACAAUCCAUCAACUCCGAUAACGAAAAGUGCUGGAAAGGGAAGACGCAGUAUCUCGAAUACGACGUUAUCAAGAACAAGAACGCAAUCGCACAACUGGAACAAAACAUCGAGUCUCUCAACGCCCAAGCCCUCGCCGGCAAGCUUGAAACUACCAUUCUCCUCCUCGCACCCCCCAGCAGCGAUUCCGACGAGCUUCGCCGCCGAUCAGUCAAGGAAGAGAAAGUACUUGCUGAAGAUGACGACAUUAUCGACAUCCCCACGGCUGAUUCCACCGUCAGUCACCCCGGCGCCAAUGCCGAUAAACCCUUCCACGCCUUCGGCUCCAGCCUAGAAUCCUCGGCCUCCGUAUCCCGCCCAGCACCUGCUCCCAUCCUACCUUCCUGCUUUACCUCGCACAACGCGUGCAUCACCGCGACGGACUCGUGUUCGGGCCACGGGCAGUGCGUUGAUCGAUGGGGUAAAGUUGACGGGGCUAAGAAAGCGUGUUUCUUCUGCCAUUGCAUGGCUACCAACGAGACUGACGCUCGCGGUAAAACUGGCGUGUACCACUGGGGCGGUUCUGCUUGCCACAAGCGCGAUGUUAGCACCCCAUUCUGGCUCUUCGCUGGCGUGUCGAUUGCCCUUGUUUCUACUGUUGCCUUUGCUAUCGGCCUGCUGUUUAGCGUUGGCGAGGAAAAGCUUCCUGGUGUUAUCGGAGCUGGUGUCUCACGGACUACGAAGUAA